GGGUUAUAAAGGCUCACAGACGGUACCGUUACGGUUGUCCUUCUGCCGGUCUUGGUGGUGGUUUGUGUUGGUUUUUCCAUUUCUUUCUUCACCUGGGUAGGAUGGCAGCAGUCAGGACUCUCAGGAAAUUGUGUCAACAUUCCCAGCAUCAAGUCUGUAAAGUACACACGUCUGCAUCAAGGCAUGAAGCAGUGGUUAUCUCAGGAAAGAAACUAGCACAGCAGAUUCGGGAUGAGGUCCGAGGUGACGUGGAGAAAUGGAUCUCUGCUGGCAACAGGAGGCCCCAUCUGAGUGUGAUUCUUGUUGGAGACAACCCAGCUAGUCACUCCUACGUCUUGAAUAAGACACGGGCUGCAGCUGAUAUUGGAAUAUCCAGUGAGACAAUCCUUAAACAUUCAGACAUCAGUGAGGAGGCACUAUUGGACCUGAUCUAUAAAAUCAACUCAGACCCCAGUGUGGAUGGACUACUGGUCCAGCUGCCUCUGCCAGACCACAUUGACGAGCGUGUAGUCUGUAAUGCAGUUUCUCCUACUAAGGAUGUGGAUGGCUUUCACGUCGUCAAUGUAGGCCGCAUGUGCCUCGAUCAGUCCACCAUGCUGCCUGCCACACCCUGGGGAGUGUGGGAAAUUAUUAAACGCACCGGUAUUCCAACCAUUGGGAAAAAUGUAGUGGUGGCAGGCCGCUCAAAAAAUGUGGGCAUGCCCAUUGCCAUGUUGCUGCAUACAGACGGACGUCACGAGAGGCCUGGAGGUGAUGCUACAGUUACAAUCUCUCACCGUUACACUCCAAAAGAGCAGCUUCAGCAGCACACAAAAAUGGCUGACAUAGUUGUGGCUGCUGCAGGGAUUCCGAGCCUCAUCACUGCAGACAUGAUCAAAGAGGGAGCAGCCGUCAUUGAUGUUGGAAUAAACAGAGUGCACGAUCCACUCACUGGCAAAGACAAACUGGUUGGAGAUGUGGAUUUUGAAGGUGUGAGGAAAAAGGCCGGUUUCAUCACCCCGGUGCCUGGAGGUGUGGGGCCUAUGACUGUGGCGAUGCUUAUGAAGAACACUAUCAAAGCUGCAAAGAACGUUCUGCUGUAUCCCUCUGAAAGGAUUUGCCUGGCAGUGGCAUCUUAAUGAAUCGGGAAAGUUCCAGGAGCAGUGGCACAUUCCAACCUCCAUCCACCUUUAUUGUAUUGAUCCAGAGCAAGCUGACUCCCUCGCUUGCACACAGACUGGAGACAUGACGGCUUUAAGGCGCUCUGCCUGCUGCUGUCGUCACCUUUCCUCAUCUGCCAUGUCAGACUGCAUACACUCAUCAAAGAGCAUGUUUUAAAGAAAUGCUUUACACGCUAUCAUUUGCAAAGCAUUUCUGUGAUAUUUUUAGUUUUCAGUAUUCUUGCAACACUGCUAUUUAUUUAUUGCAGCAGUAACAUAUUUAAACACAAAUUGAGAAGGAUUAAAAGACUGCAGUUAUGCCUGGCUUGUUACAGGCUGAGGGUGUUAAGGGCUAACCGCAUCAGGAACAAAUGUUUUAUCAGUGUACAAGCUUUAAAGAGCCAAAAUUGCCUUUGUACAAAUUUUAAAAUAAAUAUUACAAAUGU